AUGAAAUGCAUUUGCGACAGUACGACCAUCGAAGACGAGGCAAGCAAAUGCAUCCUAUCAUCAUGCCCGCUCCCACUGGCACUCGCUGCCAAGAACAUCACGUCUUCCGCCUGCGACUACCCCAUCCGCGAUAAGUCGGGGCAAUACAGUGCCAUGUCCAUUUCACUUGGAGCCAUCACGGUCCUGUUGGUGUUGAUACGCGUCGCGUUCAAAAUCUUCUUCAGCACAUCACAAACACUCGGCCCCGACGACAAGGUCAUCCUCGGGACACUGGCGCUCCGCAUAUCGUGCACCGUCAUCAACGUCCAAGGUCUUGCUGCCCACGGAUUGGGCAAGGAUGUUUGGACCAUGGAUCCAUCGGAGCUGACGACAUUUGUCAAAUUUCUUUACGUCAUGGAAAUCCUCUACCUAGCUGAGCUUUCUCUGAUCAAGCUCAGCUUAUCGCUCUUCUACCUGUUCAUAUUUCCGGGAGCCAUAAUCCGACGGCUGCUAUGGGGCACGGCUAUCUUUAACGUGCUUUUCGGCAUAGCCUUCGUCGUGACCGCCAUUUUCCAGUGUAGUCCGAUAAGCUACUAUUGGACCCAAUACGUGGAGCACGUUGGAGGCCACUGCGUGAACAUCAACGUGUUCGGCUGGGCCAACGCGGCAGUAAGCGUUGCUGUUGAUAUAUGGCUGAUUGCACUACCUCUUAGCCAAGUACGUGCUCUUAACCUGCAUUGGAAGAAGAAGCUUGGUGUCAUUGUCAUGUUUCUCACAGGAGCAUUGUAA